UCUCCCCACAUGGUUUGACUUUCACUGUAGAAUACUCGGUCAUCUUUCUCGGGGGCCAUUAAUCGGCGAAGGUGAUCGGACCCAAUUCUCCGUCAUGGAUUCUCGAAACGACGAGGAGGCGCCGUUGGUGUUGAUCUCUCGUGAGGAUCGGAAAGUAAGACCUGGGAAGAGUUAUACGAGAGAUGUUCAUAUCCUCAGUAUCUCCUUUUUGUUAAUCUUCCUCGCCUUCGGCGCCGCUCAGAACCUCGAAACGACUAUUAAUAAGGAGUUGGGAACAAUCUCUCUAGGGAUAUUGUAUGUGUCCUUCAUGUUCUGCUCCAUGGUUGCUUCUCUGGUUGUCCGCUUACUGGGAUCGAAGAAUGCUCUGAUUCUAGGAACUUCAGGGUAUUGGCUCUUCGUUGCUGCUAAUCUGAAGCCAUCAUGGAUUACUAUGGUGCCAGCCUCUUUAUACCUUGGAUUUGCAGCUUCCAUUAUAUGGGUUGGACAGGGAACAUACCUUACAUCAAUUGCGAGAAGCCAUGCUAAAGAUCAUGAUGUGCAUGAAGGAUCAAUAAUUGGUGUCUUCAAUGGAGAGUUUUGGGCUAUCUUUGCCUGCCACCAGCUGUUUGGGAAUCUCAUUACACUUACAUUGCUGAAAGAUGGAAAGGAAGGAAGCACCAGUGGCACAACCUUAUUGUUGUUGGUGUUCCUCCUCAUUAUGACCUUUGGAACUAUACUAAUGUUCUUCAUCAGAAAAAUUGAGGGAGAAGAUGGGAAAGAACCUGUGGGUGGUUCUUCUAUGGGCUUAGUUGAUUCCUUGGUUUCUCUUCCAAGGUUGAUAAUCACUCCUUUGCUCGACGUACGGAUGCUACUGAUUGUUCCACUCCUUGCAUACUCAGGACUGCAACAAGCAUUUGUUUGGGCUGAGUUUACAAAGGAAAUAGUUACACCUGCGAUUGGUGUUUCAGGUGUUGGUGGGGCUAUGGCUGUCUAUGGAGCUCUUGACGCAGUUUGUUCAAUAACUGCUGGAAGGUUUACCUCUGGUCUGUCAUCAAUCACCUUCAUAGUUUCUGGUGGAGCUGUUGCUCAAGCUUCUAUAUUCCUCUGGCUUCUUCUUGGUUACAGGACAACUAGCGGAGUACUUGGCACAGUUUACCCACUUAUAAUGGCGGCUGUAUUAGGAAUCGGUGACGGAAUAUUAAACACUCAGAUCAGUGCUCUUCUCGCGUUACUCUUCAAAGAUGACACGGAAGGAGCCUUUGCGCAGCUAAAAGUAUGGCAAAGCGCAUCGAUAGCGAUUGUGUUCUUCCUAAGCCCAUAUAUAUCAUUGCAAGCCAUGGUGAUAGUGAUGCUUGUGAUGGUCUGUGUUUCACUCUUCUCUUUCUUGGUUUUAGCUCUUAAAGUCGAGAGUGUAUUUACACGCGACGAAUGAAUGAUGCCUUUUGAUUUGUUCAAGUCCCGGGAACAAACUCAAGCUUAAAAACACACUAUCCUCAAUUCAAUUGUAAAGAACUCUGCUUGUUUUUGUAAAUUGUGCAAUAAGAAUUCUCUGCAAUUUUUACCGUUUAAAUUACUUUCUUUCA